AUGAAGAAGCACCUGAAAGACAUCAAAUCCCGAGUAAAAGGGUCCCUGAAACGACCUGAGAAGGAAAAACCCGGAGAUAAAUCAUCAGUGAACGAACAAUCAGAUGAGCACUUGACGAGAGAUCAAAACGAAAUAAAUCAAGACAAGGCGUCCAUUUUUUGCAAGGAUACCAGCGACGAGAAGUUAUCCACUGAGACCACAAACUCUCAAUCGACAUGGGAUCAAGCAUAUGAUACACUGAAGAAGGACGACAGACAGUUGAUCAAUGAAUAUGAGUCUUUGCUUUCGCAAGAGUUGCCAACCGAAGGAACUCAUUCAGACAAUGUGGACAAUCGAAUCAGCACAAUCUCGAGCACCCGACGGAUACAGCUCCAAUCAAUAACGGAUAUUGGCCUAAAGCGAGCUGAAAAAGCUAAGACGAGAUACAGAAUUGCUGGUCAUGAGUUUGUUGUACAAGAGCAGAUCACACAGGCGGCAAAUUUCAUCAUCUGGGCUAAAGAUUUGAUCACAGAGGCUACCAGUGUCUCAACAGAAGCCAGCUUAAUAUGGGCAGGCGUUUCACUUAUCUUGCCAGUUCUCACAAAUCACACUACUGCCGAACAGGCGAAUCGAGAUGGGUUCACACAUGUUACUAGUCGUAUGAGAUUUUACAUCGCGCUUGAACCAUGUCUGCUCUCUUGCAAAGACGACAGUAUCUCCCCAGACCUGAGGAGAGAAUUUGACAAAAGCACUCUGUCGCUCUACCAGAAAAUCCUCAAGUUUCAGAUUCAGAGUGUCCUCCGCUUUUAUAAGACUUCUGUGCAGAAAACUCGGGGUGAUAUCUUCAAUCCGGACAUCUGGCAAACCAUGCUGGAUGAGAUUAGCAAGGUCGAAGCUGCUCUGACAGAGGACUUCAAAAGGAUAAACGGCACCGCGGUGAGAAAUGAACUUGAGACGCUCAACAAUUCAGUCAGACGGUCAACACAGGAAAUCCAGAAUAUUCUCCACGUCGCCAAGAAGCAACUCGAGGUAAAUCAAGAGCAACUUCAAGUCAGCCAGGAGCACAGAGACAUUGCUAUCAAGCUAGCUCGAUUUGUUGAGCAAUCUACUGCAGCUUUUCAAGAGAUACACAAAGAUACACAGUAA